AUGUUCCAGCCUGAUUCCCGGGAGUUUAAUGCCAGCAGCAGGCUGGGCUUCCUCCUCUUGGACUGGGGCCACCGUGCCCACAAGGGCUUCUCCAACUUUGAAGCAGCUGUUCCCACCAGUGCCAACACCUUCUUUCUUUUGCAGAAAAAGUCUGAUGUUUACUCAGUUGAGAUCUAUGGGACCAAAGAGCUGGAUAAAAUAGAGCCUGGAGGUGGAGAUGAGAAGUACAAAGACUUAAAAGGCAACAAGAAGAAGAAGGCAGAAGAGCUUAAGAAAGAGCUGGACCUGGAGGACCACAAACUCACCACUUCAGAACUGGAGGGAAAGUAUGGAACAAACAUCAACAGAGGUCUCUCCAGUGCAAGAGCAGCAGAGGUUUUGGCUCGGGAUGGUCUCAACUCACUCACUCCUCCCAAAGCCACCCCUGAAAUUGUUAAGUUCCUCAAGCAGAUGGUGGGAGGCUUUUCCAUCCUCUUAUGGAUAGGAGCUGUCUUCUCCUGGAUUUCCUCUGGCAUUCAGAUUGCCCAGGGAGCUGAUUCACCCUUCGACAAUCUCUACCUUGGAGUCGUUCUGGCGCUGGUUGUCAUCCUCACUGGCAUCUUUGCUUACUACCAAGAAGCUAAAAGCACAAACAUCAUGGCCAGCUUCAGUAAAAUGGUCCCACAGCAAGCUCUUGUCAUCAGAGAUGGAGAAAAGAAGGAACUGCCAGCAGAGCAGCUGGUGGUUGGAGACAUUGUGGAAAUAAAGGGUGGUGACAGGAUCCCAGCAGACAUCCGUCUGAUUGCUGCUCAGGGUUGUAAGGUGGACAAUUCUUCACUCACAGGGGAAUCAGAACCACAGCCUCGCUCCUGUGACUUCACCCACGACAACCCCCUGGAGACCAGGAACAUUGCAUUCUACUCCACCACCUGUGUGGAAGGCACUGCUACCGGCAUCGUGAUCAACACCGGGGACCGCACGGUCAUCGGCCGCAUCGCCUCGCUGGCCUCGGGAGUGGGCAACGAGAAAACCCCCAUAGCUAUUGAGAUAGAGCACUUUGUCUACCUGGUGGCUGGAGUGGCUGUUUCCAUCGGUGUCCUCUUCUUCAUUAUAUCUGUUUCGAUGAGAUACAAGAUCCUGGACUCCAUCAUCUUUCUAAUCGGCAUCAUUGUGGCCAACGUGCCCGAGGGUCUGCUGGCCACAGUCACGGUGAGUCUGUCCCUGACAGCCAAGAGAAUGGCAAAGAAGAACUGCUUGGUGAAGAACUUGGAAGCUGUAGAGACACUUGGUUCUACCUCCAUCAUCUGCUCUGACAAGACAGGGACCCUCACCCAGAACAGGAUGACUGUUGCUCACCUCUGGUUCGACAAUCAGAUCUACUCUGCUGACACCAGCGAGGAUCAAACAACCCAGCCUUUUGAUCAAAGCUCUCCAACAUGGACAGCGUUGUCAAAAAUUGUAGCUCUCUGCAACCGAGCUGAAUUCAGACCAGGACAGGAGAACAUCCCAAUCAUGAAGAGAGUUGUGGUGGGUGAUGCCUCUGAAACAGCUCUGCUGAAAUUCUCUGAAGUCCUUCUGGGGGAUGUGAUGAGCAUCAGAGGGCAGAACAAGAAGGUGGCUGAAAUUCCUUUCAACUCCACCAACAAAUUCCAGCUUUCCAUCCAUGAGACUGAUGAUCCCAAUGACAAACGCUUUCUGCUGGUGAUGAAAGGGGCCCCAGAGAGGAUCUUGGAGAGGUGCAGCACCAUCAUGAUCAAUGGCAAAGAAGAACCACUGGACAGUGAAAAGGCAGAGGCUUUCCAAACAGCAUACAUGGAGCUGGGGGGCAUGGGAGAGAGAGUGCUGGGUUUCUGUCACUUGUACCUGCCUGAAAACGAGUUUCCAGACACCUACUCAUUUGACACGGAUUCCAUGAACUUCCCAACCUCUAACCUGUGCUUUGUUGGGCUCUUAUCCAUGAUUGAUCCACCUCGUUCCACAGUGCCAGACGCUGUCUCCAAAUGCCGCAGUGCUGGGAUCAAGGUUAUCAUGGUCACUGGUGACCAUCCCAUCACAGCCAAGGCCAUUGCCAGGAGUGUAGGCAUCAUUUCAGCCACCAGUGAGACUGUGGAAGAUAUUGCCAAGCGCCUCAACAUUCCUGUUGAGAGAGUCAACAGAAGAGAAGCUACAGCAGCAGUGGUUAAUGGGAUGGAGCUGAAGGACAUGAGCUUGCAGGAGCUGGAUGAAAUCUUGUGUAACCACUCCGAGAUAGUCUUUGCUCGGACAUCGCCCCAGCAGAAACUGAUUAUAGUCGAAGGCUGCCAGAGGCAGGGAGCAGUUGUGGCCGUGACUGGAGAUGGAGUCAAUGACUCCCCUGCCCUUAAAAAAGCAGACAUUGGAAUUGCCAUGGGUAUUGCUGGAUCUGAUGCAGCUAAAAACGCAGCUGAUAUGGUACUGCUGGAUGACAACUUUGCCUCUAUCGUCACAGGAGUGGAGGAAGGCCGCCUGAUCUUUGACAACCUGAAGAAAACCAUUGCCUACACCCUGACUAAGAACAUCGCUGAGCUCUGCCCCUUUCUCAUCUACAUCAUUGCCAGCAUCCCCCUGCCCAUUGGCACCAUCACCAUCCUCUUCAUCGACCUGGGCACAGACAUUAUCCCCUCUGUGGCAUUAGCCUACGAGAAAGCUGAAAGUGAUAUUAUGAACAGGAGACCUCGUAACAAGCAGAAAGACAGACUAGUGAACCACCAGCUGGCAAUCUACUCCUACCUGCAGAUUGGUAUCAUGCAGUCAGUGGGAGCCUUUGUCACCUACUUUACUGUGUAUGCUGAGCAAGGGUUCCUCCCUCUCUCACUGCUUGGAGUGAGAGUCGACUGGGAGAACAAUGACAUUAAUGACUUUGAGGAUUCCUAUGGACAGCAAUGGACCAAGUACCAGAGGACAUACCUGCAGUGGACUGGCUACACUGCUUUCUUCGUCAGCAUCACAAUUCAGCAAGUUGCUGACUUGAUCAUCAGGAAAACACGAAGGAAUUCCAUUUUCCAGCAGGGGCUUUUCAGGAACAAAGUCGUCUGGGUGGGUAUCUUCUCCCAGAUAGGAAUUGCUCUGAUCCUUACCUAUGGUCUUGGACAUGUGACAGCCUUGAAUUUCACACCUCUGAGGUUUCAGUACUGGUUUGUGGCUGUGCCCUUUGCAGUCUUGAUAUGGGUCUACGAUGAAGUCCGCAAGCUGCUCAUCAGGAGAUACCCAGGAAGCUGGUGGGAUAAGAACAUGUACUACUGA